AUGUGUAAACAUAGUAAUUGUACUACAUGGAUUGAUAAGUUCCCGGAAUGGGAUAGAGAAAAAAAAAAAGAAAUUAGCUAUAACGCUCGGAGUUCUGUUUACCUGCUUAACUCGCCUUUAAGCUAUCUACCUACAAACCAACUUCCAUCAAAUAGAAGUGUUCUUCGAUAUUACUUGUUCCUAACUUCAGCUAGAGAUAAGCGAUUCAAACCUAUUAAAAUAAACUUUUCAUGUUCUCGAGCACGAGAGGAUGUUAUAUGUAAAGGGAAAGACGAGUUUUGUAAUUCAAAUACCGAAAAAUACUGUUUACUCCGACAAAUUGUAAAUAUUUGGAAGUCUGCUGGUUUCAGUAAUUACUUAAUUUCUGAGAGAAGUAUAGUGGAAAAGUUUAAAUCUCUAUACAGCAAAUACAAAACUUUGUGCAACAGUAAAACCUUUCAAAUCAAAAAGCAAAUUUCCGAACGCCACAAAAAUGACUUUUACAAUAUGGUACAGCAAUUGUUUGACAUCAGUGCGAAGGACUUUGAGAUGAAGUUGAGACGCAAUGAAUCAAUGCCUCGUGAUACUUCUGCUUUACAAAAGGAUUUGGCCUUCUUAGAUGAUCAAAGAACUAACAGAAAUAUGAUCAUAUCUUCUAAAAUUGACACAGAGCUUGAAGCAAGGUUUCAGAGAAAGAUUGAUAGAUGCAAGAGGAAAGAAGAAUAUAAAGAUCGAGUACAGAAGAGCAACGAUUCGAUAAUUCGUGACAACAAAGAAAAAAUUGGGGAAAAAAGGCAAUGGAAUCACAACUUUUUUCCUAACAAUGAUAUAAAUUUCAAUUUCGCAAGUGAGGAACCUACAGAACCUAAAAAACAAAAGGAAGAAGGCCAGAUACGUAAUGAAUAUAUUAAUUUAAUGGCUAACAAGAUGUUAGUUUUACAUUUUGAUGGUAAAAUUUUAAAGCAUAUUGAGGAGGACACUAGACAGGCAACUACUGCAGAUAGACUAUCAGUAUCUGUUACUAGCCCAGAGUUUGAAACCAAAGAUGAUCUUUUACUCGGUGUUGUGCCAACUGAUAGUGGUAAGGGAAUCGAUAUGGCUGUAAGUAUUAUGAAUCUCCUAGAAUAUUUUGAAAUUUGUGACUAUAUUGUAGGAUUCUGUUCUGACACCACAGUCAGUAACACUGGAUGGAAAUCUGGUGCAAUAACUAUUAUGGCAAGAUUUCUCGGUAAACCAUUUCUUUGGUUAUUGUGUAGACACCAUAUUGCCGAAAUAAAUAUUACUUGGACUUUAAAGGCAAUUUCAAUGGAAAUGUCUAAAGCCCCUGCGAAUAAGUUACUAAAAGAUUUUCAGCAAAAAUGA